AUGAUUGAAAUUACGUUUCCGAAUAAAGAGAUUGAUGACAACACGCACCCAAAGAAACCAUACGAGUACUGCUUGACCGCCGUCUGUAAAUAUGAGAACGCAAAGGCAAGCGCCAAUGCAUUAGAAAAUGCAACCGUGGUGUGGAGAGAUACAAUCGUUGUGUUAAAUAAGAAGAGUGUUCUCUCUGGCGAAAGCAGUGGACUGAACAUAACAAAUAGCGUUGUCAUAUACAUAUUAAUUGUGUCGACUUUUUUGGAAAGAAGUGAAGCUAUCACUAACAUCACAGCAACAAACAGAUUUGAUAUAAUCGUGAAGUAUGAGUUUGUCUUCUAUUGA